AUGGCUCUAGCGCCAUACUACUAUAGACCUUUAACGCCUCCAGAGGCUGCUGCUGGUCAGCGCGGUCACCGUCGCAACACAUCUGCCAUUUCAAGCGUUUCCUCCAACUACCGUAAUUGUGCCACAGACACGUCGCCAGAAUCAGUCCCCACCAACAACACUACACCCAAUCGCUCUCCGGUUCUUCGCCAGUAUGGACCAACUCUUCUGCCCAAGAUACGCACGCAGGACUCUGACCACGCUCCAUCGGCGACCACUGUCAGGCCAGCUCACCGCAGAGGCUCCUCUGUCAGCAACUUCUCGCAUACCACAGGAGCUCAGCGUCCUUUCAUGUACAGGAGCUCGACUGAGCCAGUCGAGGGCGCCACAAUGAUGUCGCCCAUAUCUAAUGCCCCAAGGUCUCGUGCAGCUUCUCUCGCUCCGUCGCCAGCCUUUACCAACGCCACCCUUGACCGAACGAAGAAAGUCCAUGCUCGCUCAGGCUCUACCUCAAGCCUCGACAGCACCAUGCUUUCGAAGUUUGGUUAUCCUACGUACAGAAAUAUGCCAGUCUACUCGACGCCACAUCAGCAGCCAACGCCGUCACCCGCAUUCCUGCCUCAGGAGUACCUGUCAUAUGACGGAGGCAGCAGUCUGAUGGAUCCUCCUAUCUUGACCUUGGAAGGCACUCUGGAUUUCCCCAUCGACAUCGAGUCUCUGUCGCGACCAGCAUCGGUGUCGCCUCCACCUCCUACACUCACUUCUCACGCCGGCUUGGAGACAUCCAGCCUGCUCGAUUACCUCACUCAGCCAACUCAGCCGAUUAACCUGGUUCGUCACCUGAAUCCGGGACUUGGACGUGGUAUGGUCAAUCACUUCUGGUGGGAUGUUCGGAAUCUGCGUACCUGGGACUCCUUUAAGCUAUCGACGUUUUCUACGAUCCCAGACCUCGUGACUCUGCUCAACUUCCAGCAUGACACCAGCAUCCUUCCAGCCUUCACACCCGAGGGCUGCAACAUUCAGACGGCCACUCCAGCCAGCGAGACUGAUCUGACAUCUCUCAUCACCAAGAUCUACUUCCCACGCGCCAAUGCGGCCGCUCUCAAUUCUCUCGGAGGACCCAGUUCGAUAGCACUGUACGCGGCUCCCCAGACAGCAACGGCCCAAGGAUCCAGUCCCAACUUUCUUGCGAACUAUCCUUCCGACGGCGACCGGACGCUCUCAGGCAUACCUCGCGGCCGUGUGGUCGGUAUCAGCAAGUCGUUCGACAAGUGGAACACUGGCAUGCGCCGUGAAGGGCCGGCUCGGAAAGUCGAAUACCUCAAGGGGUUGGCUCAUUUGCAGAAGUGUAUGCGCGACCACAGCUGCCGUUACGGUUUCAUCAUCACCGAGAUCGAACUGCUGUGCGUCCGUGCUGGCUGUGACGAUCGAGGGAUGCCAUAUUUUGGCUACCUCGAGCUCGCCGAGGCCAUUCCGACCAAGACUGCAUUCAAUGUGUCGGUCGAAGAUAUGCUUGCUGGUGCCGAGCUUCCCAUGACGGCCACAUUGGCGCUGUACUUCUUGCUCAUGUUGGCCAAACAGCAUCCUUUGCCCAAUCAACCCAGCAGCUUCAUGGAUGUCGGUGCUUCAGGAGCAUUAUCACGACAACGCGUCUGGAGCGGAUGGGAUCUCGACGAGGAAGAACGCGGCAAGGACGGCAAAGACAAGUGGAUUCCUGAGCCACAGAUGGGUGAGAAGCGCGAGGCUAAGACAGUUCGUGGUUGGGUUUGGCCUAACGAUCCCUGGCAUAAAAGAGAAGGAGGUGGUGGGAAGAGACGUGGUUGCUGA